ACGGAAGUUACUUUAUCACACUCGUCGGGCUCAUGUGCUUUAGAAACAUUUGGCCGGUUAGCCAUCACAAGAGUUUGCCAUAAGUAUUUUGACCCGUACCAGUAACUAGCUGGGUCUUAAAUGUUUAUCAGCGACAGAGUGACAAAGUGUUUUUGCCGUCGGAAAAUGUACGGCACCUAGUGUUAGCAAAAUAGCGUAACCAGUUAGCUUAGCAUCGUAUAAAGAGAAUGGCACAUAAAGUGGAGAAAACGUUUAAGUUUGUGAUCGUUGGAGGUGGUAUCGCGGGUGUGACAUGUGUUGAACAGCUGUCAUCCCAGAUUCCUUCAGCUGAGGUGGCUCUGAUCACAGCAGGUCCCCAUAUCAAAGCAGUGACCAACUAUAAACAGGUGUCAAAGGUGCUGGAAGAGUUUGAUGUAGAGGAGCGACCAUCCAGUGUUUUGGAGGAGAAAUUUCCCAACCUGAUGGUCAUCCACUCUGCUGUUAAAUCACUUCACACACAAUCACAUUCUGUGGAAACUGCAGAUGGCCGGGUUUUUGGUUAUGAGAAGCUGUGUAUCUGCAGCGGGGGCAGACCAAAGCUCCUAACCCAGGAAAACCCUUAUGUGCUGGGGAUACGGGACACAGACAGCGCCCAGGAGCUUCAGAAACGGUUAUCCAAAGCAAAGAGAAUUGUUGUUGUUGGAAAUGGUGGAAUUGCCUUGGAAUUAGUGUAUGAGGUGGAAGGCUGUGAGGUGAUCUGGGCUGUGAAGGACAAGGCCAUAGGAAAUACGUUUUUUGAUGCAGGAGCGGCCCAGUUCCUCAUCCCGUCACUGGAGGCUGACAAACCAGAGAGAGCUGCUCCCUGUAAGAGGCCUCGCUACACCACAGAGGAACCAGCAGCUGGAGCGUCACAGACCUUCACUGCAGAUAGAAAUUCUCGAGGGCGCAAUUCUGGUCCUACAGAGCCCGGUAGUGCCCUCGGUCCAGAUUGGCAUGAAGGAAUAGCUCUCCGAGGAGCGGAACAGUUGUACCGCAGAGUUUCAGUGGAAUACCAGUGUGAGGUGGAAAAGAUCUUCACCUCGGAGGAGCUGCUCGAUUCCCAACAGCAAACACUCAGACCUGAGAAUGUAGGAUCCUGGCCAGUUUACAUCCAGCUGACCAAUGGCAAGACAUUUGGCUGUGAAUUUGUUGUCAGCGCCACCGGUGUCGUGCCAAACACUGAGCCAUUUCUCCAUGGCAACAAUUUUGCACUAGCAGAUGAUGGCGGCCUGCGGGUAGAUGACCACAUGAUGACAUCAGAGUUAGACGUCUAUGCUGCAGGAGAUGUGUGCACUGCAUGCUGGGAACACAGCCCGCUGUGGCAGCAGAUGCGCUUGUGGACCCAGGCCCGUCAGAUGGGCUGGUACGCAGGCCGCUGCAUGGCAGCACACGUCCUGUCGGAACCAAUAGAACUGGACUUCUGCUUCGAGCUCUUCUCACAUAUCACCAAAUUCUUCAACUACAAGGUGGUCCUGCUGGGAAAGUUUAAUGGGCAGGGGCUGGGGCCCGACCACGAGCUGCUGGUGCGCUGCACCAAAGGCCGGGAGUAUGUCAAGGUCGUUCUCAGCGGAGGUAGGAUGGUGGGAGUGGUGCUGAUCGGCGAAACAGACCUGGAGGAGACCUUUGAGAACCUGAUCCUCAACCAGAUGGAUCUGACACCGUACGGAGAGGAGCUGCUCAACCCCAACAUUGAUAUAGAGGACUACUUUGACUGAGCACUGGACCUAUGAUUGAGACUUUGGAGAACGUCCAGCAGUACAACCUCAAAAAGUCAUGCAAGGUUGACAGCAUUGAUGAGGAAAUCAUGCCUGAAGGUGAUGUCUAAAGGCAUGGGGAGGAGUCCUGCAUUCUAUCAUGUUCAAGCUAAUGGAUGUGGUAGAUAUUUUUUUGGCAAUGACAAGGACAUAGAAAGGUUAUCUUUGUCCAUACACACCUUUAAAUUUAAGACUAUGUAUUUGUUUUAAAUUAAAUUAUUUUCAAAACCAAGUAUGCUAAAGUAGUACUUGAGUGUUAUGUUUGGAAAAGGCUUUUUUCAUUUACUUGUAGCAUGAAUGCAAAUUUAUCACUUGACAUUGUAAGAGUUCUGGGUGAAUAUGAAAAACAAUAACCGCCAACAUGACCCACUGUUUUGAUAGGCAAACAUUUUUUUUUUACACAGAACAUUAUGGGAUAUUUUCAGUGAUACUUGCUAGUAAAAAAAAAAAAAGGAAAAGCCUUGUUGCUAUGUUGUCUUUGUGACUCAAAUUUCAACCUAAACAGCUCCUCCUGUGCCUCAGAAGGCAUUACAACAAUAGAUUCUCAGGCUGGUAUAAUGCUGUCUGUUGUUCCUAGGAUACGUUGCUCUUGGGGACGUUGCUAUUUGAAAAUCCACUUUUGUGAGGACAAGAAACUUUAGAAGUGAAGUGGAAAGAGUUAUGUACACAAGGGGAAUUUAUAAAAGAAGCAAACCUCCCAUUUCUAUUUAUUGAUUUUUAUUUGAUAGAUUUGUGUUUUUUGGGUCAGUGGUUCACCUACAAGAACCUGCCCACUUUGAUUUAGCUGCUGACAUUGUCUUGUAAACGUUGAUAUGACAGCCUUGUGUUUUUACUCACUGAGCAUUAUGUAAAAUGUGUGUAAGGCAACAAUAACUGUGUGACAAGCCUCCAAGCCGUGAGGGGUGAAUAGGGACAUGUUCCAAUUCUUUUGCCUAAUUUACAAUUGGGGAAACAAGUCAUGAUUCUCCAGAAGAGACUUAUGAGAAAUAACAGUAAUAAAUGUGAAUUAAAAAGCA